AUGUUAAGGACAUUAUUAUUAUUAUUAGUAUUGUCAUUUCCUCUAGCAUUUUCAUUACCUGAUCAAUCUCAAUCUUGUGUCACCAAUAUGAAUAUUCCCUUUACAGGAUAUAAAAUUGAAUACCAACUAAAUCUCCAGAGAUUUGAAGGAAGUUAUCAUUUACUUUAUUGUAACGAUAAUAAAUUAUUAUAUGAUGUCAAUCUAAAUAAUUCAAUUCCUUGGACAUUACCUAUUAAUUUUAGUUCAUUAUCAUCGGAGAAUUCUAAUACGUUGGUUCUUGCUCGCCGUAAAUCAUUUGCAUUAAGAAGUAUCCCCAUCUUUAUGCCUAAUACAUUGAUUGGUUCAUUGUAUUAUGGAGAAGGUUUGGAUAAUAUUCAAUUCAAACCAUUGAAUAACACUUCCACUUUGCAAUCAAUUCCAUUAUUAGCAUCAAAUAUAUUUCGCAAUUGGGUAGAAUUGAAUUAUAAAUUGAACUUUAUUUAUCAUGUGCCAAUAUUGACUACUCCUGGUGUUGAUUCUAAACGAUUCAAUUUUGGGUUUUUCGAAAGUAACAAAAUCGAAAAUAAUUGGAAUAAAUAUAUAUCCAUUCAAGAAGAGUAUAAUUAUAAUUACGAUUCUCGAGUCUUUAUUAGACACGCUAUUGAUAAUGCAUUAGGUCAUGUGAGUUUGAUGAUUAAUGGUAGCAAACUAUUAAGAUGGAAAUUUAAUCAAAUAAAUCUAAGUGGCAAGGAAACAGCGAUUGCUGAUAAGAUUUGGUGGAAGUUCAUACUACUAUCGAGAGUAAUGAAGGAAGAUGUUUUUUCAAAUAUGAUUCGAAAAUUUGAUAGUUUUUUUAGGUACUAA